AAAUAACAUGUAAUGCAAUCAAACGAUAAGUUUUUUGUGGUGUUUGAAUGAUAACUAUAUUAUCAAUCAUCUGAUCCAAUCAACCAACCCAUCAUCAAUCAUCACCGACUGACCAGAUAUGGACAUCAACGAAGUGGUUAAUCAGUUGAUAUCCAAAAACAUAUCGUGGCAUAAGUUGCCCGACAAUAUCAAACAGAGUAUUGGCAACAGUGAUGAAUACGACAAGAAAGUCAUUGACUUUUAUAUUAAAAAUCAGAUGAGAUAUCGCAAGAAUAUAGUUAAACACAUCGAGAAAAGCCAGAAGACUUACUACGAAGAAGUACUUCGCUAUAGUCGACAACAUUAUAUGCUAUUUCCCUAUCAUUUAUCCGAUAUUAUCGUGUCUGGUAUGAGGAUAACACCGUUUCAAUACUAUAAUCAAAUGAUUAGUGAUUUGUUGGAGACUGAGAAAAAUUACGAUACUUUACCCAACUUUACGGCCGCCGAUUGUCUCCGAUUGAUGGGCAUCGGUCGCAAUCAGUACAUUGAUUUGAUGAAUCAGUUUCGAUCGUCGAAGAAGUUCCUGGGAAUGAUACGUAAACCGCUAAAAGAUUUACUACCGAAUAAGCCGUUGGCCAACAUUGUCAUCGAUUACUGGUGGACAGUAAAUCCCGGUUACAUUACCGAAGACGAUGUCAAAUAUAUGGUAACUACGAGCGAAAAGACAAUCAUCGACCGGAUUCUUACCGACGAUCCGUUUGCGCCAAAACUGAAAUCAGGAGAAAUGAAUCAAAACGAUGUCCGCAGUCUCUACCAGAAAGGACUCAUCUAUUUUGAUAUACCCAUCGAUGACACGGAUCUCAUACACAUUCCUCCAUUAGAAGGAUUCGUUAUGAAUCGAGUGACGGGUGAUUACUUUGAGACACUAUUGUAUAAGAUAUUUGUAUCAAUCGAUGAAAAGACAACUGUCUCUGAAUUGGCAAAUGUUCUUCAAAUUGAUUCAACACUCGUUAAGAAUGCAAUAUCGAUGUACUGUCGACUAGGAUUUGCAUACAAAAAGAAUAUUGACUUUGAUUCCGAAGACUUGCAUCAAACGUGGCGGACAUCAUCAUUAACGGUCAGACUAUCAUCAACUAGUGUUGAUGGGGAUUGUGUCAGUAAUAAUAGCACUACUAUCGGUAGUAAUAGUAGUGACAAAUCAUUGAACAAAUCGCGUCAACGACAAGACAUUUCCAAAUUUAUCAGUUCGUUGCCAACCGAUGAUGAAGUUGACAACAACUGUGGCGGCGAAGGUGUCGAUGUAUUUGAAUCGUCGUCCGCUUCAGACACGUCCGAAGUGAUGACCAAAGUUGCCGCACAAAGUAAUACCAACAACAACAGCAAUCAUGUGAUAACAAACACUCCAACCAAUGGUACCAAACGUAUUGGUCUAUUAUACGACUCAACGCUGGCCGCCUUUCUGAUGAUGGGUAAUCUGGCUCCGGGUCUCAAGAAUCAUGCAGUAACUAUGUUUGAAGUGGGAAAACUAGCCGACGAAUCCAUUGAUAGUCUAUUACUUGAAUUAUCCAAAAUUGGUGACUCGGAACUCGAUGAAGAUGGCGGCGAAGCUCAACGUUAUUUUAUGCACGCCUCGCAACUGUACCGAACCGUACAGUUUCUACGACACAAUCCCGAUCUCACUUCAUCGCUAAUCAUCGAAGACAACACCGUCGACUCUAACGCAGCAAACAAAGGUCUGGGUUUGGAUCUGAUUCGUUGCGAAAGUCUAUUGAAUUUAGAUCCCGAAUCAUGUCAAAGACUACUAUUGCGUAACUACAGUGUCCUCAUAUCGGUUGCACCCUUGAGUAACGAAACUCGUGUUAUAACUAGCGAUUUGUUACCCUAUUUCGGUGCCUCACCGCUGGUCAACUCAAUUUGGUUCAAACUGUUCAUCUAUUCGUGUACAUCGUGGGGACCGCCGUCACUGCUGCUAUCCAAAGGUGUCCGCCUAAGCGAAUUACCCGAAAUAUUUGUCAACUACGAAGCCCUACUCAUCACACCAUGGGCUCGCGAUCCGGGUAUUGUACCGAUAUCGUCGGCUUUGAUGGCCAUCAACGAAUCGGCCACUUUUAGCCCCGUAUUGGUCCAGGCCUAUCCGAAAAACAGUAUCAAUAUGACCGAUUCUGAGCUCAUCUAUUUGAGUCUACCAUUUCUUGAUACAAGUGAUAGCGAUACAAACAAUCCAUUAGAACGUCAUUCGUCGGUAACGGCACUGUCCGCGCACAUCAAUUUGAGCCGUAUAUGCGGUUACAUAACGCUUAUCAACUUGAAGUAUCCACCAAAUGAUGACCAUCAAACAGAGUCGUCCGCCGACGCCGAUGAUGACGAAACUACCGAUUCCGGCGACAAUUGGACAUUAUUUGACUGUCAGUUCGGUAUUCCAUUGUUUGACCGCUCACUUAACCGUAGUGUUUGCAGCCGAAUGUCGGCCAACAAACUACUCGAGACAGACAAACUUAAACAACUGAUGGAUUCAAAUAAUAAACUGUUUGCUAAUAUCGAGACAUUCAUAGCCGCCUAUUCAAAACCUUCGGCGGCGGCGACCAAAUCGACACCACAUUCGUACAAAUUUCCCAAUUCAAUAAAAUACGAGUCAAUUGUUCCAUUGCCAUCCACUUCCAUUAUCUUCUUCGAUGGACAGCUUACCGAAUGGAAGCCUAAUUGACUCAUAUAUUUUGGCAUUUAAAUUAUAUAUAUA